AAUGCUGUUACAGAAAAGCUAUCAGCUCAUACACUGGCACUGGAACAGACUGUCGACUGAAGAGAGAGACGGAAAAGGAAGGAAUGAUAUAUAGCUGUCUGGGAUCUAGAGAACACAAGACAACUUCAGAAUGGCGGAAUUCAAACACAAACCAUGGCUAAUCGUGCUCACCGCCUUGAUGUCGUUGUUUGCCCUUAUACAGUAUCUGUUCAACGCCUUUGCCGGUCAGCCAUCCUGGUCAGGAGGCCUUUUCAUCAACACAACAGGCGCUGUGUCGGAUAAAUUCUCCCUUGAGAUCACCCCCGCUGGUGCUACGUUUUCAAUUUGGGGUGCCAUUUACGCCUGGCAGACUGCCUGGCUCGUCUACAGCCUUGUUCUGCUGGGCCGGAAGUCCUCCACAGGCUACCUCUACAUUGAUCCGGGAGUUAUUCCCUUGGAAACCAUUCUUUGUUACAUCGCCAGCGAAUUUGUCAACGUCACGUGGAUUUUCCUGUGGGACAGACAGAUAAUGGCGGCUGCUUUCCCUGUACUUCUCCUAAUAUGCCUGACACUGUAUGCUGCAUUAUUUUUCGCGCACAGAAACUUGAAUAGAAUCACACCAAAGCUGAUUGCAGACAAUAAAAAAGUUGACAUUUGGCUAGUGCGGUUAUUGGUACAGAACGGAAUCGCCUUUUACGCUACCUGGUGUACUAUUGCUACACUCCUCAACCUCGGUAUUGUCAUCAGUUACACUUCCGACCCACCUAUUGAUCAAAGUAUAGCCUCCACGGUCAGCCUCUCCAUACUCACUGCAGAAAUCCUCUUCUGGUUCACACUGGACAUCUUCUUUCUUGACAAAUACGUCCGCUAUAAUUUUAGUCCGUAUGUUGUCUUAGUUCUGGCCCUGACAGGAGUUGUCUCUAAAAACUUUGUCCCAGGAAAAAGAAAUGCUAUAUUUGCAGUGGUCCUCUUAGCACUUGCCUCAGUGGCCUUUGUGGUCAAGUUUUUUACAAUGUUUUGGCGCCAUUUCAAGCGGCCAUUCCAAAGCGGAAAUAUUACGAAAGUAUCCGUUGAAGGUUAGACUAGUCUCAAAGAACGUUUUUUAUUUAUAAAUAUUUGGCGAGUAUUUCCGUCUCGAACCGUUUAACAUAUUGAACAAUCAACACUGUACUUAUAUUAUAUGUUCUUAUAUUUUAGUCGUUAUGGCUUGUGUUCAUUCCACCCUGCAUGUGAAUUAAUUGAUCAACGCGUAUACUGGAUUUUAUUGGUACAUAAUGUUGAACCUUUAUAGCUCCUUUUGAAAUACACAGGGAUGGUGUGCAGAUGAGUUUACAGUGUGCUGUGUUCUGAAGUGUUGACACUAACGUUGUGAGCGAUUGAGCCGUGCAGUGAAAGUGUUUUGAUUACAGUUGUGUUCGGUAGCUGAGCAUGAGGUUCGAAUCUAGCUGUAGCGAUUUCCGCUGCGGUUGAAAGAAAGGCAGAAGGUUGGCGAUCAUGAGGAACACGACAUACAGGUUAAUCCCGACCUUGAACAGGGAAUUUGUACGCUCGUCGUCCCUCAUUGUCCAUCUGGCAGUUCAGGUAGACUAAGCUUCGUUGAAGAUCAAACGUCUUCUGCUAUCCUGGUGUGCAUAUCUGGGCGUCCGAGGUACGAGAGUAAAUACGAAAUGUCCUCAUUAAAUGUUGAUCAUUCUCAGAAGGAUCAGGUGGCAUUGGUACUGUACACCUAACUGAUUUUGGUAACCACUGAACACGUGUUGAAAAAAUGUCACUGCUGUUUAUGCCUUAUGAACAAAUCGGCUUAUCCCAUUAAACAUUUCAACAUAUAAAUUCAACAUAUCAAUGUACAGUUUAUAUUUAUUGUGUGGUUUCAUGGUAUUUAAUGGUAGAUUAUCGUUUUCAUGUGUUUUACGUAAAUAAAGAAAUAGUUCUACUU